CAAUCAAAUCAAUCUGAAUCAUCAUCUGACAGAGCCGGUCGUCUCUUCUUGUCUCCCUCUCCUCCUGGCAGCUCCACAACGCCGCCGAAGGCAAAGAGCUUCACACUUGAAAUCUCCGCUCGUUUUAAUCGGAGAUGGCGGAGAAGCCGGCGCAGGAGCAGGAGCAGACGAGAGCGAUGGAACCGGCGGUUCUAGACGAUAUAAUCCGGCGAUUGGUUGAGUUUCGGAACACGAGGCCUGGAUCGGGUAAACAAGUUCACCUCAGCGAAGGUGAAAUCCGACAGCUAUGUGCUGUCUCUAAAGACAUCUUUCUUCAACAACCCAUUCUCCUCGAACUCGAAGCUCCCAUCAAGAUCUGCGGUGAUAUUCAUGGGCAGUACUCAGACCUAUUGAGGCUCUUUGAGUACGGAGGCUUCCCUCCCGACGCCAAUUAUCUCUUCUUAGGUGACUACGUCGACCGCGGCAAGCAAAGCCUUGAAACCAUAUGCCUUCUCCUAGCUUACAAAAUCAAGUACCCUGAGAACUUCUUCUUGCUGAGAGGGAACCAUGAAUGCGCCUCCAUCAACCGCAUCUACGGCUUCUACGACGAGUGCAAACGCAGGUUCAACGUCAGGCUCUGGAAAAUAUUCACGGAUUGCUUCAACUGUCUUCCCGUGGCCGCCUUGAUCGACGAUAGGAUACUGUGCAUGCACGGUGGGAUCUCCCCGGAGCUGACGAGCUUGGACCAGAUCAGGACCAUUUCGCGUCCCUUGGAUAUUCCUGACUCGGGUUUGGUGUGUGAUUUACUUUGGUCGGAUCCUAGUGAAGACGUCAAGGGCUGGGGAGCGAACGACCGUGGCGUUUCGUAUACUUUUGGAGCUGACACGGUUGCGGAGUUUUUGCAGAAGAAUGACAUGGACCUUAUCUGUCGUGCCCACCAGGUAGUUGAAGAUGGGUAUGAGUUCUUUGCGGAAAGACAGGUUGUGACUGUGUUUUCAGCUCCAAACUAUUGCGGAGAGUUUGACAAUGCUGGCGCAAUGAUGAGCAUUGAUGAGAGCUUAAUGUGCUCCUUCCAGAUUCUAAAGCCUUCUGAGAAGAGAUCCCCAUUUCAAUGACAACAAUUAUCGGGUCACCACCAUGCUUCAAAUUAACAACACUCCAAAAGCUGCACUCUGGUGAGAGAAGCUAGAGCCAGAAUUUAAUGGUGAAGAUAGAUACAUUGCGUAGCAAACACGUCUCGAAACAGAGUAACAACUCAGGCAAUUGACUUGCAGCGCACCAAAGCUGUUGACAACAUGUUUGUUUAUGUUACUUGAGGAUCUUUGGCACGAACAAGGGUUCAAGAGAAAGGUCUCAAUCUCAAAAACUCUCCCUUCUACCUCUUAAUAUUAAAAUCUUAGUCAUAAGAAGUUAAGAACAUCAUUUGCAGCAGCCAAAGCUGUUGGUCUGAUAAUCUAAAGCCAGUUUGAUGUUUGAAUCUUUCUUACCGUCUGUCUUAAUCAUUAGUUACAGCUACUGGUCGUAAUUGCAUUCAGUCGUCUAUAAGAUCCAAUCUCAUGUCUUUGCCUUGCGGCACAGAUAAAUCACCUCUUCCAUGUAUUUAAAAGCCUAAAGUAUUAACUCCAUUCCACGUGAACUUUCUAG